AUGCAAGCCCUCACCCGCGUCGCACGUCCCGUGCUGACGUGCAAAGCCCUCCCCAUUCGAACCUUCACAACGCUCUCCCCUAUCCGUCCGAGCCUCUACGCCGCCACCGCCAUCCGAAGACCAAGCGUCAUGACGAGCUUCACACCGCCCCUGCCCUCAAACGCCGUGGCCGCCGACGUCGUACCGGCCUCGGCCAUUUCUGCGCACCCGGCGUUUGCGGGUGGCGCGGGCCAGAUUCGCUGCGGCCCGCGCAACACAAUGAACGGCGCGACGAGGCUGGUGCAGAAGCGUCGUCACGGGUACCUCGGACGCAAGCGCACGCGCACCGGCCGCGCAAUCCUGAAGCGACGCAGGCAAAAGGGUCGUGCCAAGCUGGGCUGCCACUAA